AUGGGAGAGUCCUAUUUCAAUUUAAAACGCCAACUAGAAGAGCUUGGUUAUAAUAACACAUUACCAGUAGAUGCAGUUAAUUUAGUAGAAUGUUUAUUAGGUGACUUAUUACAGACGACUCGAAGUUUACAGCAUUAUAUGAAUAUUUCCAAAGAAGCAUUGUUACAGCGUGAUUCAUUGUUAACACAAUUAGAACCUUAUAAAUGUGACAAUACUAAACUUAUUCAAGAAAACAAUCAACUACAUCAUGAUAUUAUUAAUAAGAAAGAGGAACAUUUAAAAUCAAUGCGAGAAAGUCAAAAAAAAUUGAAGUCUCUAACAGAGGAGCUGAUUAAAAAGGAAAACUUGAUAAGCAAAUUACAACAUGAUGUAAGAGAUUUAAGUUUAAGAGGAUUAUGCACUGAAACAUUUAGUAGCCGUAAUCGCAGUAAAAGAAAAGAUGCUGGAGAUAAUGCUGUCUAUAAAAGUUGUAUUUGCAACAAUAAAAAUAUUAAUUUAGAUAAAGAAAAUAUGACAGAAACAUUUAGCACUAUUCAGUCACUACAAGAAAAAAUAGACUCAUACAAUGAUGAAAUAAUCCUUCUUAAAAAUCAAGUGGAACAUAGAGAUAAUGAAAUCAUUAGACUAAAAUUACUUCUGGAGGGUGGUAGACCCAUUGCUGCUAUUACAAAAGAUUUUUGUAGUGAUAAACCAGAAAACAGAAUUCUACAUUUAAACAAACAAGUUAAAGAAUUAGAUAUUUGUAAUGAAUUGUUAAAGAAGGAACUCGAAAAGAGCCUUGAGAAACAACAUGAAGCAAUGCAGCGAGCUUUAGAACUAGCUGAUAAAAACAAAGCCCUCAAAGAUGAAUUACAAAAUAUGGAUUUGUUGGCAUUAAAAGUAGAAGAUGAUUGUAAUAAGAGACUUGCAGACUUAACUAAUGAAAUUACUUUUCUACAGACAAAAGUUGAAAACUUAAAUACCAAAAAUUUUAUUUUAGAGAGAGACUUAACAAGCUUUCAGAAAAAAGAUUCAUUGAAAUACACAAAACAUAUGAGUGAAAAUGAAGAAACCAUAUUGCAGAAAGAAAUAACAGAUUUAAUGGAUUUAAAUAGAAGUUUACAGGACAAAAUAUUGUCCUUAUCUAAAACUAAUAAAUUUCACCAAGACAAACUUGUUAAAAAUAAUAGUGAUAGUCCAAAAUGUCUAUCUAAAGGUGACUUCCAAAAGAUACUGGAAGAUGAAAGAAGGAAAUAUGAGAAAUAUAUUAAAGAUGUACAAGAAAAGCUCAAUGAAACUAUAAACUUAUUCAACUGCCAAUUGAAAGAUGAAAAAACUUCUAGUCUUCAAUCAAAUAAUGCUUUUAUAAAAGACUUACAUAGCAAACUAUGUGAAAGUGAACAAAAAGUUUUGAUGUUGAAGAAAGAGAAUGAUGAUCUUAAAAAAGUUAAACUCCUGCAAGAAGACGGUAAUAAAAAUAAUUUCAAAGAUAUAAUAAAACAUUUAAAUUUAGAAAAUACUGAACUAUCCAAAGAGAACAUAUUAUUGAGCCAACAACUAAGCCAGUACAAAGCUAGCAAAACCGAAGGCUUUGAAAACAAUAAUUACUUGAGUGAGGAAAACAGCAGGUUACAGAAUAAGAUUGCUGGACUGACACAAGACAUUGAUGAAUCAAGAAAGGAAACUCAUAAAUAUAAAGCCCUAUACAAAGAGUUAUUAGAUUCUUGUGAUAAACUUAAAAGAGAUUUAAUUUUUAAGCAAAAACAAUUAGAACAAAUACAAGAAGAAAAUUGUUCUUAUAAAAUGACUAAUAGAACAGGCAAAGCAUCUAGUGAUAGACUUAGAGAAGAGUAUUAUACUUUGAGAGAGCAGGUAAAAAAACUACAAAGUGAAUUAAUUAAAGAAAAAACUUUAGCUAGUCAAAUAAAAAACAUACAGAUGGAAACUGAAAGGAGCACAACUGAAUCACAAAAUGAAUUAUUAAGCACUCAAAAAAAACUUAGUAUAGCAAAAGAUACAAUUGAAAGCUUAGAGAAGAAAUGUAAAGACUAUCAAGCAGAGUUGUGUGUGCUUAAGAAUGAUAAAUCAAACCUAAUUGAAAACAUAAGAUUAUUUGAUAAAGAACGUGAUAAACUUGUAAUUGAGCUGGACCAAAAGGCAGAAAAUACAAAUAUGUUGGAGCAAAAGUUAAAAUCACAAUUAUAUGACAUUAGUAAAUUAGAAAAUGAACUUUCAGACUUUAAGCGUAAGUUAAACAUGAAUAAAGUUGCAGAGCAUAAAAUAGCUGAUUUUGAAUCACAAAUAGCAUUCUUGAAUGGUGAGAUUCUGAGAUUAACUCAACAGUUUGAUACAGCUGUUAUAGAAAAUAAACAUAUGCAAAAUAGUUUAGCUGAUGCAAAUGGAGCUCUUAAGCUUACUAGAAUUGAAUUAGAGAAAUCAAGAAAAGAAGUUGAUGAUUUGAAACAACAAUUGCAGCAUUAUGUUGCUGAAAUUAGAAGAAUUGAAGAAUUACUGUCACAUAAAGAGGCAGAACGUUCAGAUAUGCUAGAACAUUUUGCCAGCCUAUCUGUUGAAGCAAAUAUUUUAGAAAAUACAAAUCAUUCCCUUGAGAACGAGUCAGCCUCAAAAUCCAUUAAAUUGCAAUCAUAUAUUUCAAAAAUACAAGGUCUAGAAGAAAAAGUAAUUGACAAGGAUAGAGAGAUUGAUAGCCAAUCAGCUUGCAUUACCUCUUUAAAAUGUAAAAUUAGUUCCUUACAACAAGAACUGAAAUUGGUUAGUGAAGAAAAAUCUGUUUUAGAACAAAAUGUAGAAUACCUAAAGAAAAUGUGUCAUAAUUUAAAGAGUGAUCAAAAAAAUAUAAGGAUGGAUGAUGUAGAUUCUGAAUUGAAGCUUUAUGAAAAUAGAAUUAAAAGUUUAUCUAAUGCUAAAUGUAAACUGGAAUCUGAAAAAAAAGUGUUAGCUGAAAAAGUAUUAACCACUGAGAAUUUAUUAUCUAACGCAAGAAGAGAAAUUAUAGAAUUAAAACUGACUUUACAAGAUGCCACUUCUGAAACAAAAUCAUUGCAAGAGCGUGUCAGUAUAUUUAGUAGAAGGGAGUCUGAUAUUAAUGAGAAUCCUUUCCAAAGAGAAGAGUUAGCACUACCUCUCUUGCUGGAUGAUACUCUACAUGAAAAUAGUAAUGAGGAUGACGACAGUGCACACUUUGAUGACAUUCAAAAUAAAUAUUGCACUAGACAUGGAAGCACAUUAUAG